UGAAUUGGAAAUUUACCGUGGAAACAGUUCGACAGAUGAGGAAGAAGUGUUAAAAUUAAUAUGAAGGAUUGUACUGGUGAAGUGCUGACCUAGUUAUAGAGUGUGACGCAAGACUCCUCGUCAACAUGGCUUCCUCCUGGAAACUCUCAUCACAAUGUGACUUCAACAGGUUGAUGAACUGCCGGGCAAAGAAAGGGGAGGCUUAUGUCCCAACUGAUGUGGAGCAUGUAGCUAAUAUUAUAACACAUGGGUUUUGGGUGAUUCCCAGUGCCCUAGCCACCCUAUGGAUGGUUUAUCGGUCCAACACCCACCUACAGUACAAAAUGGCACUUGUCUAUGGCUUGGCUCUCACAGCACUCUUCUUUGUUUCCUGCAUGUUUCAUUCACUUUCCUUCAUUGGAAGGUACAGGAAAUUAAAACAUAUUUUUCACAUUGGCGACCGUGCAGUUAUCUACAUUUUCAUCGCCUCCUCUUAUACACCCUGGUUGGUUCUGAAAGACUUGGGAGGGCUUGGUGAUGAAACACUUGUCAUUGUAUGGACAAUGGCAGCUGUGGGAAUUCUCUACCAGUAUGUUUUCCAUGAAAAGUAUAAGUGGCUGGAGAUAGUGUUUUACCUGACGAUAGGAGUGUGUCCAGCUCUUGUUACAUUUACUAUGAGAGAGACCACUGGUCUGUAUGAAUUGGCUUUGGGAGGGAUGACCUACAUCGCUGGUGUAGUGUUUUUUAAAUGUGACGGCAUCAUUCCAUUUGCCCAUGCUAUCUGGCACUGCUUUGUGUUGGUGGGGGCUAUGCUUCACUACUACGCCAUUUCUGCAUACCUGCUCGGACGAGAAAAGGAUGAGGUCAUGUGGGACAGUUAACAAGGUCAAAGAUUGCUGCACCAAAAUCCGCAGUUCAUAGGUAUCAUAGUCUGUAGCAAAAGAAACAAAUACAAUACAGUAUUAGACAAGGAGCACAAAAUUCUCAAAGCUACUUUGUCAGUAAUUCCUUACUGUUUUCACAAAAAAAGAGAUGAUGUAUUAGAUAUCACAAUUUAGUAUUGAAGGUUACAAAAAUGAUUUUAUUUUUAUUGGAAAUUCAAGUUAUUGAAUAUA